AUGAACGACCCAUAUCGGCAUAUCUGGAAAGUUCCUUUGAGGGUCGAGCAGCUGCGGAAGCGGAAGGAGGAUGAAGAGCGGGCGGCGGCGGCGGAAGUGGCCCAGAGGUCGCUGCGGGGUUCCAGGAGGCUCCAGGCCCUGGAAUCCAGACCCGGCCUCGUCAACGAUGCCUUCACCCCGGAGGAACCCUCCAUAGAGCCACUCCACAGGCCGAUAGGUCAGUCCACUUUUUGA